AAGUGUCAUGAUUAACCUUGACUGAUUAGAAUUGUUAAUUUUUUAUCCUUAAAUUACCAACAAUUAUCUAAUUGUAAAAGAGACACAACCAAACAAGUAAAUACGUCAAAAGAAAAUAAAAUCAAAAAUAAAACCAGUAAUCAUUAUCUUCGCAAUUAAUAGUUAAUUGUAGAAGAUGGAAAUAUAAUUUUCCCCUAAAAAGUUAUGUUAAUUUAGUCUCUCUAACAAACUAACAAUUAACUGUGAUUGAUUGUAACAAAAUAAUCAAUCAACAACAGAAAAUUUUCUCAUCAACUUUGAUUGUAAUCAAAAUGAAUCUCAACAAUUAUGUUCAAUAUUUGAUCAACUUGAUUGAUCAAAAUGACCAUCUUUCUUGUAAUUUUGAUUCUAUUGAUUGUUCACCUUUCUCAACAAUUUAAUUGUUACAUUUAAAAGGAAAGAAAGAGAAAAAGGUAAGAGAAUUAAAAUUAAUUAAAUUGCUAAAAGAAGAGAAUCAACAAAAUCAACUUAAUUCAAGUUGUUUCCAACAAUCAACCUGAGAAGUAAAUUGUUGUUAUUAACUUUCCUCCUCCCUGAAUUGUGCUCAUUUUCAUGAGCUGUUGGAUACCCGAUAAUGAACCAGCUACCAACAUGUUCACCUACUUUUAUUAUCCAUCUACUUGUAGUUAAUUUAAAUCACAAUUUAGAAUCGUCAUCAACAAUCAAGCUCAAACCAUCACAAGCGAUUGGAGCAUUGAUUCAACUGUAACCACUUUCGAUCCUUUCUUGAUUGUGUUCAUUUUGUUUUCAUUUUGUGUCAACAAUUAUCUUAAUCAUCUUAACAACAAUCACAGUAUUAAUUAAUUCCUCUUCCAAUGGACUAUUCCUGGUAUCGACACGCAAUCAAAUUAAACUGUUAACAAUCAAAAAGUAACACAAAAAAAAAGUUUCUUCACUUAGUGUAAAUAUUAUUUUCUUAUAUUUUGACAACAUUGGAUUUUAAUAACACGCAACAAUUUAGUUGACGUUUUUUUAAUUGUUCACAAUCAUGGAUUCAUGGAAAGAAGCUGCAUCAUUGAUUAUCAUCGUUGACGAUAAAUCAUCAUCCUCAUCAUCAUUAUCUUCAUCAUCUCAGUCGUUUAGUAUUCUGAUGACCAAGAGAAGUGCAAAAUCAUCAUUUCUUGCCUCUGCCUUUGUCUUUCCUGGUGGUCAUCUUGAAUCAUCUGAUUUCUCACCAAAAUGGUGGACAGUCUUUAAUCAAGCAGGCUUUAAUCACUCUAAAGUUAAUCUAGUUACCAAUCGGAUUAAUGGAUUACGAUCACCAAUAAUCAGCGAGUGUCAAACUCAAUCAGCUGCUCGGGAACAAUUAACUUCAUCAACAGAAUCCAAUCUACUACCAGCGGACAUUGGUCUUCGUAUUUGUGCCAUUCGUGAGACUUUUGAGGAAACCGGAGUUCUAAUUGCUUCAAAUUCAACUGAAUCAAUUAAUUUAGACAGUGAAUUACUUGAGAAAUGGAGACCUAAAGUUAGAGAAUCGUCUGAAAAUUUUAUUCAAUUUUGUUACGAGAUGAAAAUCGCUCCAAAUAUUUGGGAUCUUUAUGAAUGGUGGAAUUGGUUAACUCCAAACGCCUUAGGGCAUCGUAGGUUUGAUACAAUGUUUUACAUUUAUUGUACUACAAUUAGACCAAAAGCAAAUUCUGACCAAAAAGAAGUUUCAGAUAUUGAGUGGUACACACCAAAUGAACUUCUUGAAUUACAUAUGCAAAAAAAGGCUUUUCUGGCUCCACCUCAGGUCUAUGAGCUCUCUCGUCUGAGUAACUUCACUGAUUAUCAAGAACUCAUGAAGUUUUCAUCUGAUCGUGAACCAAAUGGAGUCGAACGUUGGAUUCCCUUAAUGAAUGGAUAUCAAGACGGCUCGACUUUGUUUCUUCCUGGUGAUGAUAUGUACGAAACAAUCAAAACAAAAUCAAAUGACAAUCAAAGUAUCAGAUCGAUGCCAACCCUUGAACAAGCUCGAAGCUCUGUAACUAAUUUGAAUCGUAUUGAAUUUCGAGUUCCCAUUUUUCAAGCUUUUUGUAAUAUUAAACUUAAUUGUGGCCAAAUUUCACCAUUAACUUUUUCAUCAAACAUUUUAAAAUCAUCACUUUAACCACAAUUUGCUGGGACAAUUAACUUUCUGUCAAAUAACCAUUAACAUUUAUUACUACAAAUCUAUCAUAUCAAACUCAAUACAUUAAAUAAGAUUUCAUAUCCUUCAC